GAGGGAGCAGGGACGGCAGGCAGUGUGGCAGUGGCGGGUGCGGCGGCAGCAGCAGAGAUGGCGAGGGGCAGGCGAGGGAGGGGGGUGCCAAAGAGGGGCCAGCAGCGGAGGGGGGGGCAAGCAUGCAUGGUGUGCCGGCCGGGGGGGAUGGCACAUGCGGAAUGGGGAAGGAGGCGGAAAGGGGGCACGGGGGAGAGAAGGCAUUGGGGGAGGCAGCGCUUUUUUCAGCCACAGUAACGUCAUGCCUCUUCCUGCUGCCUGCCUUCGUCACUCCCGACUGGAUCGACACAUGCGCCGUCCUCGCCCUGCACCCCAUGGUGGACGCCUUUCUCCCUGCCGCCUUUGAAGGCGUCACUCAGGCGCUUCUCAUGCUGCACCACCUCCUCUCGCCCGCCCUCGCCCCCUUCUCCCACCCAGCCCCCCCUCGCGCUCCCUCCUCUCCUAACCCCGCUCCCUUCACCCAGCCCCCCCCUCGCCCCCACUGCAACCACACUCGCCCUGCCUCCCAACUCGCCCGUUCUUCGUUGCUGGCAUGCGAGGCACAUGCGGUAACAAGGGAGUGUGCUGGGGAGGCGGGGAAGGGAGAAAGGGUGGGAGAGCAAGGGAGUGAGAGGGAUGGUGGGAGCGAGAUGGGAGGGGGUGGCGGAAGGAGGCGAUUGCAUGGGGGCAUUGGACCGUGGGGUGAGCUGCACAUGGUGGUGCGGCAGUGCGAGGCGGCUUUGCAGGUGCUGCAGGUGCUGUGCCGCCCGGAUGGGCUCGGCGCGCUCGUGCUGAAGCAUAAGGACCUAGUCCACGGCGGGGGCCUUCUUCGCCUUCUCCUCGCUGUGCUCCGCCUGCCCCUCCCGCCCCUCCUCCCCCCGCCUCUCCCACCUCUCCCCUGCUCCACCCUCCCCCGCGCCCACCCAUCCACCUGCACCCCAGCCUCGCCCUACACCAUCCCUCUCUCGCCCUCGCCCGCCCUCUCCUCGCCCCCAUCUGCUGCCUCGUCGCGCCAAGCCAUCCCCCCGGAGGCGGUGGUGUCGUUAGAGGCGCUCGUGGCGGCGCUUUCUCGCUGCAAGUGCCGCGCAAUCCACAUGCUCCUCACCGUCAGUGAAGCCGACGGCUCCUCCUUCCUUGAUGACGUGGCAGCCAGUCCUGGGUCGUUACAACUAGCGCAGGAUGUUACACAAGAGCUCCUCUCUCUGCUGCACGCCACUGCCAUUGCCAAUGUUGACCUCGCCGCCCGCCUCCUCUCCCACCGCACACCCUCCUCCGCCGCCUCCCCGCCCCUCCUGCCCGACCCCUCUUCCUGCCCACGCCCCACUCCCUCCCUGCACCCAUCCUUCGCUCCACACCCGCUGCUCUCCUCAAGCCCUUCCUUGCCCCCCCCCCACAUGCCUCUCCCGUUUGGCCGUCUGAGUGUGAAUGUGCUGCGGGCUGCUGAGGUGCUUUCAGACGACUCCAGCUUCCGCCCCUUCUUCAUGCUGCAUGCGGCCCCGCUUCUCGUGCGCCUGCUCUCCCUCCCCGCCCCCGCCUUCUCCUCGCGCUGGCUGCACGGCCCGCUCUCCCGUGCCCUUGCCGCGCGCGAGGUUGACGCCUGCGUGCUCUUCCGCCCCUUCCCCUCCCUGGGCCUCGCACUAGCGCUCUCCGCCUCCGCCUCUGGCUCCCACGGCCCUGCCGCAGCUUCCGUGCCGCCCAGCCAAGGGGAGCAACGGAAGGAGGCUCAGGAGGUGGAGAGGGGAAGCAGUGGAGUGGACGGCAUAGAGGACUUGGCAGAGUCUUCCUCUUCCGGGCCGUUCUCUUUCAGCGAGGGAGGGCUUGUGGCUGCCACGAGGGCGCCUUGCAAGGAGGCAUCUGGGACGACAAGGCGCAGUGGCAGCCGGGGCGCAACAGGGAGGGGGACUCCUGCAGGCGAUGGCGGAAAUGCUGAGAAGCCUGGAGGGGACUUUCUAUUGGAACGAGUUGAUGAAUGGAUGGUGGGAGGGACGAGGAGUGAGAAGAGGAAGCGAGGGAGGGAUGAAGGGAAGGGAGAGAGUGAGUGGAAGGAGGGGCUGCUGUGGCUGGAGGGAGGGUGUGAUGGGGCAGCAGCGGAGGCAGAGGGAGUGAGUGGAGAGGAGACAGGACGGGGAGGAGGGAGAAGUGGGGCGGGAAGAGGAGGUGGGGGAGGAGAGGGCAGAGGUGCGGGUGAGGAGGGAGGAGGCGAGGGAGGAGUGGGGAGCGGGUGGCAGAGUGUGGGUCUCCUUGUGAAGCUCGUCGCCAACCUGCACUGCCACGACCCCCUCCUCUGCCCUGGCCAGGACCGCAACCACUUCCUCCACCUCGUCAUCGCUGCCAUCUGCCAGGAAUGCCCGCCCUCAGACACAUAUGGAGGGGAUGCACCCAGGGAGGGUGUGCUUGGGAAGGGUGUAUCUGGGGAGGGUGUAUCUGGGGAGGAGGUAUUUGGGGAGGGUGCAGCUGGGGGUGCAGCUGGCAGCAGCAAUAUGGCAGAGGAGGAGAGGCAGAGGGAGCAAGCAGAGGCAGCGGUGCGAAUCUGCGAGAACUUGUACUCGCUCAUAGACUUUGCUGCCACCAUGCCUGCAACGCAUGUCAGCGAUGAUGAUGUCAUCCUCAUCAGUCAGUUCGCCAGUGCCCUGCAUGCUGCCAUCUGCCACCACCCUGCUCACCAGGAGGAAUGUGCGGUGCGAGAAGUGAGGGCGCGGCACGAUGCGUGGCUGGCGGCGCUGCAGGGGAGGUGGGAUGGGCAGGAGAGAUGGCUGCGACUGCAGCCAGCGGAUGGGGAUGGGGAGGAUGGGGAUGGGGAUGGAGAUGGGAUGGAGAAGGCGUGACCCCGCAGUGGUUAGCGGAGUGGUUAGCGCAGUGGUUAGGGCAGUGGUUAGCGCAGUGGUUAGUGCAGUGGUUAGCGCAGUGGUUAGCGCAGUGGUUAGUGCAGUGGUUAGCGCAGUGGUUAGCGCAGUGGUUAGCCCAGUGGUUAGCCCAGUGGUUAGCCCAGUGGUUAGCGCAGUGGUUAGCCCAGUGGUUAGCCCAGUGGUUAGCCCAGUGAUUAGCGCAGUGGUUAGCCCAGUGGUUAGCCCAGUGAUUAGCGCAGUGGCUAGCCCAGUGGUUAGUGCAGUGGUAGAUGCAUGUGAUGGGGGGCUGGUGACCAUGUGGGGUGAAUGGAGUGGUCGGUGUGAAUGGCACAGGCUGCUGCCAUCCUUUGACUGAUGAGCAGGGCUCCUCGGUGUGAUGGAGGGUUCCGAGGGGAGGAGGGACAGGUUGGGAGUAACGGGCCGAAGGGGAGAUGAACUAGUGCACAAGGGGAGAUGAACUAGUGCACAAGGGGGGGGCGCGAGGAACCCGGGUGACUACAGCCCGGUCAUUUUGGUGUGGAUGAAUGGGGGGUGUAAAACGGAUGGCGAAGAGGAAGUGUUGGGGGUACAGGGACACGAAAGCGGUGGAGUGGAUUUGAGCUGGGUGAGGUGCAUGAGGGGCCGGCUGAGAGGGAUCAGGGAUGUGGAGCAGGGCUGAUUUUAUCAGACUAUUUACUCUGAUUAGUCUGAAAUCUCAGACCGGUUUUUUUGCCAAACCUGAAUUUCCAGAUAAGGCAUUUUCUCUAUCCUAAUUGAUUCAGACUAAGACUUUGGGGAUCCUGAAAAAAUCAGAGUACACGCCAGGCCCCUAGAUUGGUUUUGAGGCCUCCUGAUGACUCAGGGGUGGCGCUCGUUUUUUGCCUGUAUUUUCAGGACGCCUAGUGGAAACCAAGCUUAUGAGU